CUCGGUUAUUGCGUCUCGCUCUAGAUCGUGCAGGAGGAAGACGCACGUCACUUGAGCACUUUUCAAUGCAGCAUUGUACUAGUAGAUUUGGCAUGUAUAGACAGGGGGGAGUUCUCUACGAGCUUUUGAGAAUCGAUUCUGAGCGCACUUCUGUUCUCAAGGGUUUCUCGGAAGUUAAUUGUAGCAGCUGCAAGCGUCUUCACCCAUUAACCUGGAUAGCGUCUUUCCCGGGUCUGUGGCAAAUGCAAUGUUUUAGCCACCCAUUGGUCAAGUACUACAGAAACUUCGGAUGUAGCAUAGGGCAGAAUGAGCACUCUGUAGGGUAGGUCAAAGAAUUCAUCUGUCAAUCGAGUCCAUCACGCUUGGUGAUCAUCGAAGUCCCUUUUCUACCGUAGUAUCAAGACCAGCAAUGGUGAUUUCCCCAAGCGGGGCGAUCGCGACGUGCGUCUUGACUGCCUCGCUGUAUGUUUCAAGUUUGUAUGUUGGUUCCUUCCUCUUUCGCACUAAAGCCGGGGGCUCCCGCGAUGAUCCGGCAGUGGUGCGGCGGAGGUUUGCCGGCGUGACUGUGGCGUGCGCAGUUGCCCCGUUCAUUGUGAGCACCACAAGACGGGCAGGAGAGGUGACAACCCCAAUUGACACCACCUUGUGGCAAUCCUUGGGGCUACGUACUGACAACCUGAUUGCAGCCAGCCUAUACCCCCUCCUAUUGACGGCAACCCUCUUCCUGGGGCCCCUCCUGAUGUGGGCUCUUGGACCGCCGAACACAUCGGAAGUUGGAGCGGCCGAUACAGCGGCUACCGGACCGUACGAAAAAGCAAGCGGGGAAAGUCUGAUGACAGGGUCAGACGAAGAUGAAUUCCGGAGCCAAGUUAAGCCUGUUGUGCGAAAAAGGGGGUUGGAGGAAGCACGACGGAAAGCGGUUGCGCUGGUCUCGGACAUUCUCACAUGGCGGAAUCUAGUGGUGGCGCCCGUGACUGAGGAGUUCGUUUUCCGGGCUUGCAUUGGGGAGAUUCUGCGACAAGGGGGCUUCUCGACCAAGCAUGCCGUCCUCAUAUGCCCGGUCUUCUUUGCUGUCGCCCACUUACACCACUUUUGGGACCUUGUAUACUACCAGCGGCAGCCCAUUGUUCUGGCAGUCCUGACUCUAGUGUUGCAGAUGACGUACACGACCCUAUUCGGUUGGUACGCGGCCUUUUUGCUGGUGCGGACAGGGCAUCUCUUGUGCCCGAUCGUCGCCCACGUGUUUUGCAACGUCAUGGGGUUCCCAGAUCUGGGCGCAAUCCCUCGGCACCCGCAUCGACGAGUUGUGUCUGCGGCUUUCGUUCUAGGAGUCGCAGCUUUUGCAUCGCUAGUACGAAACUCCACUUUGUUAAGCCUGCUUUUUGACAGAGACGUUAGGAAUGCAAAGAGUGCUUAUGGCUCAUCCUAAGGGAACCCUCAAUCCGUGCGAGUGGAUGAUGAGAUGCGACCACUGAAUUGAGAAUAGGAUUCGACUGGCGCCAUUCCUUGUUAUCUGCUUGCAAUGAGGGGCCAAGAAGUCAACCUACCUCCGAACAAUCAUCCCGUUGUCCGGGCUUUUUGCAUCAAGUCCCAGACUCGUCGUGGUUCAAAAGAUUUUUACGGCAAUGCUCAUGCCCAGAGCUUGGCGGCUGCCUCGAUGGUUGCAGUUGAUGAGCAUACGUUUGCAGUUUUCGGGCCGGACUGAGCAUAGGAACCCGGAUGGUAGAGCUAUAUACAUCAGGUUCGGGCUUUCAAUGGAAUCAAAACGUACGUCGUGACAAUCGACAAGCCACA